AUGUUCCAGACGCUUGCCCCAGAGACACAGCCGGACCAACUGGUAGUGGAUAGGGUACACCGCCUUAGAAGACCACAGCAUCUCCUGCCAACAGCAGAGAGAGAUGUCAUAGCACGCAUCCACUUUUUCCAUGUGAAGGAACAGAUUGUGAAGGCAAGCAGGACGGCUGACAUGCCAGAUCCAUACGGGCACAUUAAAAUCUUCGCCGACCUGUCAGCAGAAACCCUACAAUACAGGAAAAGCUUGGCGCAGAUCACCACCACCCUGAGAGAGAAAAACAUAGCCUACAGAUGGGGAUACCCCGCCAAGCUGUUGAUCCACCGGGAAGGGAAGAUGCACGUGAUAACAAAUGCAGAAAAAGGCCUCAACCAACUUAAGGACUGGGGCAUCCAAAUCUCGGGUGAGUUGAAACAGCACCCUACCACAACUACCAGGGUUACAAGAGACUGGUCCACUACCUGA